UUUUAUAAUGUUUUCGUGAAUAAAUGCAGUCUGGAAUUUGUGCUGUGAGGGAGUAUUAUUUUUCCAGGUUUUAACCAUGAUUUCAGAAUCAUUUUUGUUAUCUUAAUGUUACAGUUUUAGUUUUCCAUUUGGUUACUCUUUUUUUUUUUUAUUAAAGCUUAUGUUGUUUCUUUAUAUUGCUCCUCUCAAUAAAACCAGGGUGAUACCAUGACUGCUUGCAAUGUCAGCCAGGGCCACCCUCCUUUCUUCAUUCUCCAAGGCAUUCCUGGGAUGGAGGACAAACACAAAUGGAUAUCCAUUCCUUUCUCCUCCUUGUACUUUAUCACCAUCCUUGGGAACUGCACCAUCCUCUUCAUCAUCUCCACAGAGCGUUCUCUGCAUAAACCCAUGUUCCUGCUCCUCUGCAUGUUGGCCCUCACAGACCUGGGCAUGUCCACAACCACUGUUCCCAAGGUGCUGUGCAUCUUCUGGUUUCGUCAGAGUGAAAUUAGCUAUGAGGGCUGCCUUGUCCAGCUGUUCUUUAUCCAUUCUAUCUCUGCCAUGCAGUCUGCUGUCCUGAUGACCAUGGCCUUUGACUGCUAUGUGGCCAUCUGUGAGCCCCUGCGCUAUGCCACCAUCCUUUCCAAUAGUCGCAUUGGGUUUAUUGGCUUGAUGAGUUUGGUGAGAGCCGUCCUCUUCAUUCUCCCCAUGCCCAUCCUCCUGCAGCAGAUGCCAUUUCAUGCCAAUCAUGUCAUCCCCACCACCUACUGUGAGCACAUGGCUGUGGUGAAGAUGGUGUGUGUGGAUACCACAGUCAACCGAACGUAUGGGCUGGUAGUGGCCCUGUUGGUUGCUGGGUUGGACAUCUCAGCUAUUGGCUCAUCUUAUGUGCUAAUCAUCCAGGCUAUAAUGCGGCUCUCUUCUAAGGAAGCCCACCACAAAGCAGUCAACACCUGUACCACACACAUAUGUGUCAUGCUUAUCUCUUACACACCCUCACUUUUCUCUUUUCUUACCCACCGCUUUGGCAGAGGCAUUCCACUCCACGUCCACACCAUUCUUGGCAACCUCUACUUCCUUGUGCCACCAAUGCUCAAUCCUAUUAUUUAUGGGGUGAAAACCAAGGAGUUUCGGCAAAAAGUGACCAAAUAUGGGUACCGAAGAAAGGACCCCAUAACCACUGGUCCUCUUCUGAAACCUGUCUGAUAAUCCAGUCGUGGCUAUGAGGAAGAAAUGUUAAAAAGACACCGUUGCUGAGGGAAUUGGCUAAUGUUAGAAAUAUGUCAUACUGGCAGAUUAUCUGCCAAAGAGGUUUAUCCUUGGACAGGAGGACCGUCUUGGUCUCGCUAGUUUAAAAGCAAGGCAAUUAUACUCUACUCUAUGAAAUGGCAAUAAUAAUAUCUAUUCUCCAUAUCUGACAGAGUGGUUGGUUAAAUUGUAUUUGAUGAAGUUUAUAAAAGUACUUUGUACAACACACCUUGAACAUAUGUAAGGUGGUGUGGGAUGUUUCCAUAUGGAGAGCCCAUAAGAACAAAUGAAACUUGUCCAUGUCCAGUCAAUGAGCACAUAAUACUGCUUACUUUGCCAAGGCAUGGCCAAGAUGUGUAUGUGUAUUUGUUCUUGUGUUUAAGGGGAGGAUGUGAAGUAGGGAUUAUUUGGUGAGGGGGAGCAGUGAGGAAGGACAGGGAAACCUUAAAUUAAAUUUAGAGUCAUUAUUUUAUCAUCUUCUCUAUAGAAACCUUACAUUUGGGCAACAGGACUUAUUAUUUCCUUGUAGGCUUGAGGGACUAUGGAAAGGAAAUCUUAUCUCCAAUUCUCAGAGAAAUUUCAAAGAAAAAGGAGCUAUAGGAAGCUCCUAAACUUAAGAGAUAGAUACACCUUUUGACUGAUUUCAUACUUAAAAAACUCCUGGAGUCAGCUCUCCUGCUGGUCUUAACUAAUUUCAGCAUCUGAAAAGAUUCCGUUGCAAAGAAACAAUUCUGAAAAUAUUCUGUCAAUGGUCAUAAUUAUAAAAGUCCAUUUUACACUGGAGAUCUCUGGUUACAGACCUCUGCAAGGUUAUUUUUCUAAGGGCCCAAAAAGGAGCCAUGGGUGCUUACUUAGGGCAGAGAGUGCAACUCAGAUCCAGUGCCCAGACAUGGGAGUGAAUUAACGCCAGGGGAUAUUGCUUAUAUUUUCUAAACAACGAUUUGGGAUAUAGAGGCAAAUAUUUUAAGAUUCAUGAAGUUUGA